AGACCUGAGGUGCUCAGCGGCAGAUGUUGUCUGUGGGAGCUUGCCUUGAAGGGAUCUAACUAUGCUGGUCUGCUGGAGCGGCACCGCAUUCAUACAAAAAACGUGGAGCAUGUUGUAGACAGUUUACGGAACGAGAAGAUAGAAGUUCGUCUUGUUAAACGUCGAGAAUAUAAUGAAGAGACAGUUCGGUGGGCAGAUGCUGUUGUAUCAGCAGGAGGUGAUGGUACAAUGUUGUUGGCAGCCAGUAAGGUCUUUGAUAAAUUUAAACCGGUUAUUGGAGUAAAUACUGAUCCUGAAAGAUCGGAAGGUCACUUAUGCUUGCCUGUGAGAUACACGCACUCGUUCCCUGAAGCACUACAGAAGCUUUAUCGUGGUGAGUUCAGGUGGCAGUGGCGGCAAAGAAUCCGACUGUAUCUUGAAGGAACUGGUAUUAACCCAACCCCUGUAGAUUUACAUGAACAGCAGCUAAGCCAAGAGCAACACAGCAGGGCUCACAUAAGUGAAAGAUUCCAGGAUCAAAGAUCUGACAUUUCUGGUCCACAUCUUUUACCAGUGAGAGCACUCAAUGAAGUCUUCAUUGGGGAAUCUCUUUCAUCCAGGGCCUCCUAUUAUGAGAUAUCAGUUGAUGAUGGUCCUUGGGAAAAACAGAAGAGUUCAGGGCUUAAUGUGUGUACUGGAACAGGAUCAAAAGCAUGGUCCUAUAAUAUUAACAAGGUAGCACAUCAAGCUGUUGAAGAGAUCCUUAAGAUCGCUAAAAAGCAUGGAAGUUUGACUAUGCCAUUGAACACGGAACUAGUACAAAAAGUAACAAAUGAUUACAAUGAGUCCCUGCUCUACAGUCCAGAAGAACCAAAGAUGUUUUUCAGUAUUCGAGAACCUAUUGUAAACAGAGUUUUCUCAAGUAGCAGGCAGCGUGGCUUCUCUUCAAAAGUCUGUGUCCGUUCCCGUUGUUGGGAUGCAUGUAUGGUUGUGGAUGGAGGAACAUCUUUUGAGUUCAAUGAUGGGGCGAUAGCUUCAAUAAUGAUCGAUACAGAGGAUGCACUGUGCACUGUUCUGCUGGAAGAAUGAAGGACCCUAGCAUCUUCUGCUGAAACAAUUCUGGAUCCAGAGAGGGAACUCCUGGAGAUAGACAGCACAUCACAAUGCUGCAUUAUGUUGGAAGUUGGCCUUUUUGUAUGCAAAAGCAUUCGGAAGAAGCUUGAGAUGCUUUUCAUUCCUUUGGGUUGGGGAAACCUUAGCCUGAUAUUUAAGCUCUUUUUGUGUCUGCUGUAAAAGAAAUGUAUCUGAAGUCUUACCUCUAACUUCAGUGAAAAUUGACAUUUUAACCUGUAAGGCAAGCAUGGAAGAACAGGUGUUAAGUCAGUAGCAUUAAAUAUUCAGAUGUACAGUUUUUUUAGUAACAGUCUGGGACUGAUGAAACUAAACACCUUCAUACAUACACUUUUGUAGAAAAGUUGACUGUCAAUCUAGCAAUUUGAUGAAAGGAUAUAUAGAUUUUCAUAAAUCCUGAUGUUGACGUAAUAGAAAUGGAAAUACAAACCUUUUGUAUGCUUUUCAAAAAUUUUACAACUUUGUAGUUUCAUACAACUUGUGACAAUUUUUUUUUUUUCUCUUCCAGUAUUUUUUCUACUUUGUAGAUUUACAUCAGAAGUAAAAGUCUGGUUUAAUCACAUCUUGAAUGAGGUAGCUCUUACCUUUUCUCUUUGGCUAGAGAGGGACUUGAAACCCAAGGGUUUUCUUGAGCCCUUUAAUUGGACUAUACAACCUAUAGAAAACAUGCUGAAGUAUGAUAUACUUCUUCACUGGAUGGAUUAGCUGGCUAGCAGGUGUUCAGUCGCAGUAGUGCACGUAGGUGGCUAUCAUUAAGAAAGGUAUUUGCCCUUAUUAAGUUGAAUGGUUUGGAAUUUUAUGUUCUGAAUUUCUUUAUAAUUGAAGAAGAAUGAGAUGUGCUGGGUGCUAGUACUUAGAGCACAAGUUAAUACCUCUAUCUCUCGCAAUUUUCCA